UUGUUCAGAUUGUUAAACAGCAGCUCUUGAGCUAUGAAGACCUCAUUUUUAAGGAUCAAAGGCUCCCGACAAUUCAGGCUUCGCCUUCUUUUAUCCACCCUCUCUGUGACUCCAAUUGUAAUUAAAGAGAUUCGAGCUGAUGAUUCUUCGCCAGGACUCAAACCACAUGAGGUUUCCUUCCUCCGAUUGAUCGAAGAGAUCUCCGAUGACUGCUCUGUUGAAAUCAAUGAAACUGGGACAAAACUGAGAUAUAAGCCUGGGAUUUUGGUUGGCGGGAGGAACUUGGUGCAUGAAUGUGGGCUUAGACGGUCAAUUGAGUACUUCUUGGAGCCACUGAUUGUCUUGGGGGCAAAAUUUUGAUUCAUACAAAUACUACAAACAUGGUUUUUUAGAAGUGUGGUUGCAUUAUACUAUCAUGAUACAAGUGUUGCAUGAAAUCACUACCCAAAAUGUAUAAGGGUUUAUGAAAAAUAUCUAUAUACUACAUACUACAUUACAUAUAUGUAUGUAUAUUUAUAUAUUCUAUUAUAUAUUA